AUAGUUAAAGUAUUUCUCCUCCUGAGUAUAUAGUACCUUCAGUUGCCUGCUAAUUUUCUUCCAGAGUUGAAGCCGUGACUAUCAAGAAAAUCAAACACUGGUCUCCAAUGCCAUCUACCUGCUGCUUAAUCCCGUUAUUUCCACAUUAAUGGACCACAUUAUAAGCUAUGCUAAUAAUCCCUUUUUCACAGUUUUUCAAACCCACAAAAUACCCAGUUUCCCAUUUCAUCACAAAACGAUUUUACAAACUGACCCCUUCAGCUAUCAAGAAUGCCUCCUCUCCACAGAUUGCCUUGGAACUAUACUCACAAAUGCACCGUAACUCCACUCCUGUCGACAGCUUCUCCAUACUCUAUACUCUCAAAUCAUGCGCCCGUUUGAAGAAUCUCACUCUCAUUCGUCAUUUGCACUCUCAUAUAAUCAAAUUGGGGUUCCAUACUAAUGUCUAUGUCGCCACUUCUUUGUUACAUUCUUAUGUCCUUGCGUCGUUAAGCGAUGCGUGUAAUCUGUUUGAUGAAAUGCCUGAGAGAAACACCGUCACGUGGAAUACUAUGAUUAGUGGGUAUUCGAGGUCAGGGAAUGUUGAUAAAGCAUGUGCCUGUUUUGAGGAAAUGCCGUUGAAGGAUGUGGGUUCUUGGUCUGCCAUGAUCACGGCUUAUAUUAACCAUGGAUUUUGGGAUAAAGGGCUGUUGCUCUUUCGGGAAAUGAUGGCGAAAAGUGAGGUAAAACCGGACCAAGUGACUGCAGGAACUGUUUUAUCAGGGUGUACUCUGAUGGGUUUUCAUGGACUGUUGGUUGGGAAAUCUGUUCAUGGGUUUAUUGUGAAGAAUGGAUGGGAAUUGAAUGCGGAAAUCGGGACAGUUCUUGUUGAUAUGUAUGCAAAAUGUGGAUACUUGAAGAAUGCAGUCCAGGUUUUUGAUUUGAUGAAAGAGAGGAAUGUCAUGACUUGGACUGCAGUGAUAUGCGGGGCAGCGCAGCAUGGUUUUAGUCAAGAAGCGUUAACUUUGUUUAAGAUGAUGGAAGAGACUAAAGUUAGACCUAAUGAGCUGACUUUCACGGGUAUUCUUAACGCGUGUGCGCAUUCAGGAUUGGUUGAAGAAGGCCGUGUGUAUUUCAGGCUGAUUAAAGAGUAUGGUUUGGAGCAUAGAGUUCAGCAUUAUGGAUGCUUGGUUGAUCUGUUUGGUAAAGCAGGGUUGUUGGAUGAAGCUUAUGAGGUUAUUAAGACAAUGAAGUGUGAAACUAAUGUUGUAAUAUGGGGCUCAUUUUUAUCGGCCUGCAAGGAGCAUAAGAGGUUUGACAUGGCUGAGAGAGUGAUUGAACAGGUAUUAACAGUAACAAAACCCGACAAUGAUGGAGGAAUUUAUACUCUUAUAUGUGAUCUGUAUACAUCCAAUGAGAGAUGGGAUGAUGCUGAAAAAGUCAGGAAAUUAAUGCUUAACCAACAUGUUAGAAAAGCUAGAGGUUCUAGUUUUAUCUGAACCAGACUGGAUCUUCAGAAUCAAGUUAUAAGCCUGCAAUUUGUUCUUAAGUUCUAAUUAUAGGUGAUAACAUGAAAGAAAAGAAACACUCUGGAGUUAGAUUUAUUUCGUUGAAUUAUUAUUGUUACAUUUCAUGCCAAAAAGUAACUUGCUGAAAAGCUAACUGCAGAUGUCUAGUGUUAGAAAAAAGGAACAACAAGGGAAAAAAGAAGACAGAUUUACAAUGUACAGAGCCAAUGGCUGUAUGAUCAAUGAGAUUUGGCAGUCUUCCCUUCUUGAAUGUAGGUGGGCGGGAUCAAAGAAGGCGAAACAAGCGGAGAAAGUAGCGGAAUAGGGUCUUUACUAUGGUAGAAUGAACCAAAUGAAGAAGCUUCAGAUGAUUCCGAUUUCGAAGAAGUAAUGCUGAAUCCAAUUGCUAGAUUUGCAGUUUGGCUUUGGAGAAUAUCAUUUGGCUUGAUCUGCAGAGGACAUGGAGCUCGUCUCUGCAAUCUGCUCAAUGCCUUUCUGUACUCAAAUUCUUCUCUGUGAGUACAGAUUUGGAAUCCGGGAAAAUCCACAGAAUCCUCCAUCCUUAUGUUUCUGAGCUUAUUAUCUUGGAGAGCAGAAUAUUUUAAGCAGCAUAUGAAUGUGGUGGUAAUAUAACUUGUUCCAUUACUACAGACAAAGAAUCACCAUAAAGCAUACAUUGACGGGUCUCUAUACAGUUGCCAUCUUGCCUUGGAAUGACGUGGAUCUCUCACCUUAUUAAAGAAUGGCACGUCUUGUGAGGUUCGCGUACUUGAACUACCUUAUAUUUACCAUAUUUAAUGUGCCUUAAAAUUUACUUUAGUCUAUAGAGAGUUAUAGAUAGAAGAAAUACUUAUUCCCCUACAAAUAUAAGGGCCGUUUCGUUUAAGAUUAGAAAUGGGAAUGAAAAUGAGAAUAAAAUUGGGAACGAGAAAUAGAAUGGGAAUAGUUAUUUUAUAUUAUUUGGUUCAAUAAGUUAAUAUGGAAAUAGGAAUGACUAUGAGAUUGAGUGUGCAACAACCAAAUCAAAUUUGAUUAGAUUUGAUAUUAUAAAAUAAUUAGUUUUUUUUUGUUCUA